AUGUCAUUCCUGCCCUCGCCAUUGCAGCUGGUGUCGUAUCCUUUAGUGGCCAACAAUGUGAGGCUUUUGUGUGACGAGGAUCGAGGGCCGCGGGCCUCUUCCCUCGCCGCAUCCUUCCGCCGGCUUCGCCACACGUACCAGUCUGAGGGCUUGCCUGGGGUAUUCCGCGGAGGUCAUCUUUAUCUACUGCAUCAGGUGCUGCGCGACAGCCUCCGGCGCUUGGCUGAGAUCCCAGGGGGUCGGAAUACAAGGCGCGGCCCAGCUUGGAAGGCAGCGAGGCUGGCAGUCAAGUACGGCAUCGAUGCGCUCUGCUAUCCAGUUCUUCUGGCCUCCACGCGCGUAGUGAUGUUGAAGAGUGAGGAGAGUACUUGGCAAAAGUUGGGCGAAUGGUGCCGAGAGGAAGGAAUAUGGUCCCUCUUCAGUGGGCUGUGUGCUUCAUUGUUGUCGACUGCUUUCGAGGAGGCCAUGGACAUGUUGCUGGGAGCCUGCAUUGACCACGGAAACGCGGAUGCAGCCGACAAACUCGUCUUGAAGGCUUGUGGGAACAGUGUCGUCUCUGUCUUCACAUCACCCAUCAACUACGUCAGCGUCAUCCAAAGGUGCCAGUCUCCGCGGCUGCCAGGUUUCGUGAGGCCACGUCCGCUGCGCGGCAUCGUGUGGGGUCUGCCCUGGCGAGGCUCCUUCAACCAGCUGGUCCUCUUCUCGGGAAUCCUGGGCCUCAACGUGAGGCUCAUCCAGUGGAAGAUCCAGCUCAAAGAGGAGGCGGAGGAGUCGGAGGAGUGA